AAUUACGUUCUUCGAACAUCUCGAAGACGUAAAUAUAGAAGAUGGGCCUUUCCUAUGCUACUAUUGGCCUAUUCAUUCUUGUGGCAGCCUGCUGUAUGUCUGUUAAUGGCAUUCGCAUUGGAAGAAAAGCAGUACGUCCUUUUCCUGUACGACAACGCGCGGUUCGUAAGACGAGACACGUAGCAUUUCUUAAAAGACCCAGCGUGGUUUGCCAUUGCAGUUAUCGCAAGUAUCUGCGUCUCAAAGCCAGAAACCUUUUACGACGCGGUGAGGUUAUCAGAUUGGAACGAGGAAAGAAAUUAUCGAAGAAAUUUAUUCGUGAUGUGAUUUACGCUCCCCUGUGUUGCAAAAUCGAUUUAUCGAAUCCGAACAAACUGUACAGGUACCCCAUGACAAUAUGCCUAACCCAGAAGGUUUUUAGUGAAGAAUACAAAGACACCGAGAGUGCCCAAUUCGAAGAAUUAUCAAAUGAAUUGAUUAACACUAUAAACCAAUUGUUCCAAGAGGGAUCUGCGUUGGUGAAUGUUGAAGUGUCGGGUUUCAGACCGGGUAGUAUCAUAGCUGAUCUUAUAUUGACAACCAAGGGAAUUUUCCCUCAAGAUAUGUACGAUACGUUGAGAUUAGCCAUAGAUGCCGGUCAACUGGGAAACCUUCAUGUCGCUUUGGUACCAGAAGGUACUGGUGUAAAAGGAGCUACCCCGGGAAGCACACCAGAUAGUACCGCAAUCACGCCAGAAGGUACCGGAAUAACGGAAGUACCCCCAGACGGAAUCACACCGGAAAGCACUGGAACAACAGAUACUGCACCGGAAAGUACUGGUACCACGGGAGUCACUCCAGAAGGUGCUGGAGCAACAGAACCCCCGCCAGACGGCACUGGCGAGACAGGAAUCACACCAGAAAGCACUGGAACAACAGAAACAACACCAGAAGGUGCUGGUACAACUGCAACCACGCCGGAAACUCCCGAAACACCGGAAACUCCGUCGAACGGCGCUGGCACGACAGGAAUCACCCCUGAAAGUACUGGUACGACACCAGAGAGUACUGGUACAACUCCAGAGAGUACUGGUACAACACCAGAGAGUACUGGUACAACACCAGAGGGUACUGGUACAACUCCAGAGGGUACUGGUACAACACCAGAGAGUACUGGUACAACUCCAGAGAGUACUGGUACAACUCCAGAGAGUACUGGUACAACACCAGAGAGUACUGGUACAACACCAGAGGGUACUGGUACAACACCAGAGGGUACUGGUACAACACCAGAGAGUACUGGUACAACUCCAGAGAGUACUGGUACAACUCCAGAGAGUCCUGGUACUACACCAGAGGGUACUGUUACCACACCAGAGAGUACUGGUACAACACCAGAGGGUACUGUUACCACACCAGAGAGUACUGGUACAACUCCAGAGAGUACUGGUACAACACCAGAGAGUACUGGUACAACACCAGAGAGUACUGGUAUAACACCAGAGAGUACUGGUACAACUCCAGAGAGUACUGGUACAACUCCAGAGAGUACUGGUACAACACCAGAGGGUACUGGUACAACACCAGAGAGUACUGGUACAACACCAGAGAGUACUGGUACACACCAGAGAGUACUGGUAUACACCAGAGAGUACUGGUAUAACACCAGAGAGUACUGGUACACACCAGAGAGUACUGGUACUACACCAGAGAGUACUGGUACCACACCAGAGAGUACUGGUACCACACCAGAGAGUACUAGUACAACCCCUGGAACAAGUACAGGAGAUGCUUACAACGACGAGUGUCUGUGUGCACACAACCAAAAGAGAGAGGCUCACGGAGUUCCACCCUUGGUGUGGUCUGCCACGAUUGCGGCCUCGGCAAAGGAAUAUGCCGAAAAACUGGCCGCUGCCGACAGCACGAAUCUUGUCCACGAAAAAAGUGGUUAUGGGGAGAAUCUCUUUGUUGAAUUUGGCAGCGGUAUUCCAAAAGAGAAGAAAGGAACAUGCGUCAAAGCCGUGGAUAAUUGGUAUGAUGAAAUAGGAAUGUACAACUUUGACAACCCUGGAUUUAGUUCAGAGACAGGUCAUUUUACACAAGUUGUUUGGAAAGCCUCGAAAGAAGUAGGUGUCGCCGAAGUUGUCACUUCCACAAAUAAGCGUUUUAUUGUCGGUCGCUACAGUCCUCCUGGAAACGUUAGAGGACAAUUUCAAGCGAAUGUCCCGCGGCCCGUUAAAGGUAAUAUAACGACGUUCGCCAUACACACCUGUACUGAGAUAUCCAGCAUACUUCCGGCCAACAAAUAG